AUGGUUACCAGGGCGCGCGGUAGAGCCUCCGCCAAACCAACUCCCGCCCACAAUAUAGAGCAAGAGGCUCAUGAAUCCCAACAAGAAGUAAUAGGGGACCUUGACCGCGAUAUAGACGACGAAGCGACUGCUUCCUUAUUGAACCGGACGACACAUAACGUAUCAAAAAAGCACAGUCGGAAUGGAAAGCCGAAAAUAACCUCCAUGAGGCAGAAGGGCCCUGUUAUGGAUGAGGACAGUGAUGAUGCCCCAACGGACGAGCCUCCAGAAAGACCGGUCAAACGUGCUCGGCCCAAUCCGCGAGCGAAGCAGUCCACCACGGACCCAACGAGUAGUACUAGAAGCCGGUCUGUGGCGGUAGUCAUUUAUCAGACCGGGGGUGACAAGGUGCAACAACCUGGCAGACCACAGACGCGCAGUGUGAAGCAAAAGCUAGACCUCGAGGUUUCAGGAAGCGACAACCAUGCUGGGGGAAUAAGUCCUGACAGAGCUCCAUCAGAUGAAUCCCCGGGAGCAGUUCCCAAGAAAAAGGUACCUCAACCACCUCGGACCACCUCAAGAAGCCCCGCUUCCCUCGUUCCAUCAAGUCAUUCGAUAUGCGAUGACGAGAAACCUGAUGAAGAUAACGGGCUUGAGCCACUAUCGGAAGAUUCUGAGCAUGAGGUUGAAAAUGAGGGGUCGCCAGAAUCCAGCGAAGAAGAACGGGGUCCUUCCCCUCUAUUGCUACCAAAUAUGAUGCACCCUGGGUUCUUGGGAGACAUGGUCAAAAUCGCUGAGCGAGUUGGUCACAAAUAUGAUAGGGAGUGGAAUAGUUAUGAGCCGGUAUUGGAAGGGCUCAAUCUUCGUACUAGUUUGGGAAAGAAGCUGGAUCAGAAGUUGAAGCGUCUCAAUAUAGCAUACGCAAGGCUGCAGGAUGCGAAGACUUCUGAAGACAACAGAACGAUAGAUGCGAUAGACGAUAAGAUCUACAGCCGCAUCCUAGAUUUAACGGAAGUCAUUGAGGAAGCCCUCAGUGCAUUGCCUGAGAAUCCUCGAUCCAGAAUCCGAUAUCCCAUGGUUACUCCACUUCUUGUUGAUCUUUAUUUCAAUAUUCUUCCGAUGCUCCUGAAGUGUAUCAAGCUAGGGGUAGAGGCACGUGAUGACGAUGGACGUACAAGCCUUCUUGAUCUGAACGAGUUUGAUCGCCUUAUCAAUCUAUAUUGGAGGCUGGGGGACACUGCAGUCAAUAUUCCACCACAGCUACAACCAACACCUGGCGAUUGUUUAGACGGCAUCAAAAGUCGUAGUUCGACGUUCCAAACUAAACAGCCAACCCGGGAAGCCCUUGUAAAGGCCCGUAGCCUCCAUAGGAUGCUUAGAAGGAAGAUAUUGAACUCAGAAAGCAUGGUGAAGAAUGCGGAUAAUCCGAGGUUGGCAAUGAAGCGAAAAGAGGCAGAUGAAGAGGAGCUACGAUGGGAGUUAUCCCAGAAAAAGCUAGAGCGUCGCAGAUUGCUGGAGGAGGUUGAGCAUAGACUUGAAGAGAAAGCCCGCGUAACACGCGAGCAUCGCCAACUAAUCAAUAAAACCCACCGCUUGCAGCGCGAAGCUAUAGAUAGACAGCUCCGCAAAAGGCAGCUAAAGACGGGAGUUAACAGUACAAGAAGGUGGGCGAGACCAUCUAACGAGGCUAGGGUGGCAAGCCUGCCGCCUUCGCAAUAUGAAGGAUCCAAUGAGUACGACGUUGAAGAUGACUCCGAUCCAUUCGCAGAUGAUUAUUCUCCUCGCAUUCAUCUGUUUCCGAACAAUAACAAAAAGUCAAACGUACCAGCCGAAUGGUCAAACAAGCAGAAAGCUACAUUCAUUGAGUGCAUGAGACUCGAGCAAGGGCAAGAUAGAUACGAACGAGCAGCUAAACGUCUCCAAUGUAGCAUGGAUGAGGUAUUCGCCUAUGCCAAGAAUCUUCAGGAGGCCAUGGAUGUUGCUCAUGAGAAGGGGCUGAUGAAUUCGGAGGAAGACGAGUGGACCUACGACGUGUGGGUCGAGCGGGAUUGA